CUCGUCUGUGCGGUUCGGAUAAAGGCAGUUUCGCUUGGAACAUCGGUGUCCGCUUGCGUUUCACCAUGGAGCAACGCAGAAAAUCGCAGAAUCCGGGACACAGCGGCGGCGCCGGUGGGUCGUCUGGUAUUCCCCGCGCUACGUCGGCCCUACCCCGUCUCUCAGCUUCGACGGCGUUACGAAUACCGUCCGGUGGUAUUGCUGGGGCGGAUCACCUGCGCAAUGGAACGCGCAGUGCUAUGCCGGAGAGAAGGACGUAUGCGUCCGGCUUACCAGCUCCGGGCGCAGCACCUCGAUCAUUCGUAUCAGGUACAGCCGGUAACAGCAAUUGCACCACCGCCGGGGGUGUUGACAUGAUCGGGUCGCAAGCAGGCCAGAAGCGGCGAGCUUCGCAAAGCUACAUCGCGCCACCCAGCUCCAGAAGGCCAGCGUCUGCACAAGGCGUACGAGCCGAUGAAGCGGAUGCACAGAGCGAUGUAUUUGAGCAACCUCUACACGAUGACGGUGCUCCUCCCUCGGCCAAACGCCUGUUCAGACCCUCCUCGCGCCUUUCGAACGCGUCGUCCAUCGGUGAUGCCGCUGCCAUUCCCAGCUUGGCAGCCAAGGCUCAGCAGGCCUCCACUGCAGCGCGCGAGUCUCUCACCUCGAUAGCCGACAUUAGCGCCGUGCGGCACGAUUAUCAGGUGCGCCUAGUGCACGUCGAGUCGCGCAAUGGAGAAUUGGAGCGCGAGAUCAUCGAGAAGACACGGCAGAUCGAACGAUUUCAACGCGAACGACUCGAAAUGCUGCAGGAAUGGGAAUCUUUGCAGAUGCAAAAGCGCACACGGGAGGAGGAGCACAUGACCGAGAUUGAAGGACUUCGGAAAGAGCUCAAAGAGUACAGAGAAAUGCUUGGCGUUUCGGAGGCGGACUUGGAGCAAAAGACUACGGAACUCGAUCAAUACAAGCAAAGCACGAGACAAGAGAUAACGCGGUUAGAGAUGGAGUUGAUCGCGGCGCGGACAGCGCGGGACGCGUCCGAUGCCGAACGGCAGCGCUUCCAAAAGCAACUGGAGGAUGUCACAUCAGAAGUCAAAGAGCUGCGAGAUAUCGCGGGUAAACGGGACCCUACCAUGACCAUGGGUCGCAGAGCGGACCAAGAUGGAGGACAAGAAGCGCUGCGGCAAGAGCUGCAUCGCCAAGUCACGCAUCUCAAGAAGCUCGAGGCGUCUCAAGUAUCAUUGACCAGCGAGAACAUGCGGCUCAAAAGCCAGCUCGAGUCAAUUGAGUUGGUGCGAGAGGAGAAGCGCGGGCUCGAAAGCAAGAUCCGCCAGCUCGAGAUGCGCAACAUGGAGUUGCUCGGCUUGGAAGAGGACGCAAGAAAAGCAAAGGAAGAGGUAGAAAAGUGGGAAGCAUGCUUGCACGGCCUAAACAACCCCGCUGUAGGUGCAAGGCAAGGGGCAGAUGCAGACGGGGACAUCCGGGCUGCGCUUCGGAUUGCAGAGGCGACGAGCGACGCGGCGGCGAAUGCAUUUGUCGCACCAGCGCGCCCUACGCCUUUCAACCGGUACACUCUGCCUUCGUACCUCACUACGCUGGAAUCCUCACUUUUCGCCUCGCUGUCGAAGCUCCGCGGCCUGCUGGAGCUGCUGCAGCGUGCCAGCGCGGACAAGAAGCGGCUCGAAGAGGAGGUCGAGGCGGGCGAGAAGCGGAACCUCGAGACGGAAAUGAAGUGGAGCAAGAGCAGGGUCGCUGCCGAGCGUGCGGAACUGGCGGAGCAGCGCGCAAAGGACGAGACGGAUCGCUACAAAGCUCUGCUUGACUCAUUUCAAAUGGAGCAAAAGAUCAAGAAAAGCUCUUUCGACGAAGCGAAUCUGCAGCGCAUUGAUGUGCUCGAAGCGCAGCUGGGAGAGUAUCGAGUGGUGAACGCGCGUCUAGAGGAGGAGAUCAAGCAAGCGCAGCAGCAGGCCUCGGCGUUCGAGCAACAACUACGAGGCGCGCCUAGCCAGCUACAAGCGGCACAAGCACAGCAAACACUCGCUGAGGCCGAGGCGCAUUCAGCUGCGAGCGCUGAAGCCACCUCGACAAUCGCCGCGCUGGAGAAGGAGCUACAAUCUCUCGGCGAGGAGAACGAGAAGCUGUGGGCGCGAAUCGGGCGCGGCGAGUUUGAUCAGAGCAAGUUCCAGGUCCUGACCCUGGCAAACAACCCGUUGGACCAGGCGCGCAACUUACGCGCGCAGAGGCUGAACGCGCUCAAAGAGGAGAACGAGGCGCUGCUCGCCAAGAUCGAUGAACUUUCCGCCGCGCUCGCCGCCGCCGCUGCGAACGGCGCUGCGCAGUUGCCAUCCCUCCCAGUAUCAUCAUCGUCUGCUGCUACAGGCGCCGGGGCUGGGGCCGAGCUGGUACCGCGAGCGGUGGUGGAGAGUCUCAAAAUGGAGCUCGAGUCGGCCCAGAAGCAGUUCGCGGAUAAGGACAAGAUGUUCCUGCGCCUUCGGCAGGUGUACGCCUUCAAAGCAGCCGAGUUCCGGGAUGUGGUGACGUCCUUAUUCGGCUGGAAGCUCAAGUUCAUGGAGAGCGGCAAGGUCAAGUUGACGUCUGCGUUCAGCCGGAGCGCGAGCGCGGCAAGUACGACGACACUCGUGUUCCAGAGCGGCGAGGGCGACGCGGGAAGCAUGCGCCUGAUGGGCGAGGCGACCAAGGAGGGGCUUGCAGACGUGCAGGGCUUGCGAGACAAGUGGCUCGGGCAGGGCGCGACAUUGCAGAGCAUACCGUGCUUCCUCGCCGAGCUCAACCAGCAGCUGUUCGAGAGCUGCACACGCGUGGCGCGCGUAUACGGCUACCUGGACGAGGGGCAGGAGAAGCAUCCUGAGAACUAGUAAGAGCGGGGCAUUGUUCAUCUUUAUCAUUGCGCGUGUAUCUUUAUCAAGCCUA